AGGAUAGAAAAGUGGUGUAUUCAUAUAAACAUGGCGUUUAAUUUUUGGCGUCCGCCUUUUAAUAAUAUAUUCAAGUAGCAUAAUAACUUCUGAUUGAAUAGGAAUUUUAUCGAUACUACAUUGAAGAAGGAUUGAAAGCUGGAGUGGUGUAAAUAUUCUGGGUUAGGAAGUGAAAGAAGGAAAAAAAGAUGGAUUGGUGUGGGGCAGUGCCAACCUAGUGGCAUAGUGACAUGCAGUCUGAGCCUAGUACAAGGUAUAUCCAUUCUGUCUCUGAUCUACUUUAUACUACUGACGAAAUUGAAUUUCUUCUCGACGAUAUUAGAGACCUGGAGCCCAAAAGCUAUAAGCCUGAAGAUAUUCAGGAUCCGGAUGGUGGUAUGAGUUGUGUGUUGCAGGACUUCGAGAUAGCGGGUAGCAGGACGGGGGCACUUAGCAGCGCAGGAGGUGCGGCCGAAUGCGCGGGAGGUUGCGAAUGCGAAUCGCCUCUCGGUACAGUCAAUUCUUGGGAUUCGCAUUCACAUUAUCGUCGACAUCCUCCCUCUCCUGAUAUCUCGCUUUACUCGGGAGUCAUCCUCUAUUGCGACCAUACUCAUCUCAGGACGUCUACCGGGUUUUUUCGGCUACUUCUACUGGCAACGUCGAUAGCUUGCCUAGCAUGCCUAUGUACAUCUGGGACAUUGAAGAUUGGACUCUUCAUGCUUCCAUCGAUAGGAAGAAUACGUUUAAUGAUGUUCGUAACAUUAUUAAGUAUGUUUACAACAUGCCUUUUGCUGUUUCUUGAUAUAUCCCACAUCGUAUAUUUGUUUCCGUUCAAUUGGGGUAAAGUGAACGCAUAUUUUUACGUAAGCCUUAGUGUGUUGUUCCUUGUAGCUUCGAGUCUGAUAUUUCAUAUGAUUUUUUCGAUAGAACUGCCGAAAUGGUCUCACCAUCAACUAUUAGUUACUGGUUGUCUGGGGUACGUUUGCAGUAUAGAAUCAGCGAUAAUAUCGUUAAUACAAAAAUGCCAAAUGGCCCAAUACGAGCCGGUGGAAGAGGAUCUGAGUUUCCAUUUACAGGAGAGACCGUUUUCUCCUAAGGAUUCUCCUCAACAUAACAAAUUGAAUCAAACAACGCACAAUUAUAAGCCUAUUGUCAACUAUUCGGUGGUACCAUCGACGUCGAAGCAGGACCCUAUGAAUUAUUUAGAGGAUAUUCAGCCGUGUUCAUCGAAAUCAGGGGAUCCUUUUAGAUUAGUAUGAUUAUAGCUGAGGGUUUUACUUCAGUGAGAUUAUAACUGUUAUAUCAUUAGAAGGACGUAAUGAGAUAUCGGAAAUGUAAUUAUUAUAAAGAAUAAAGCAAAAAAUUAUUAAAAGAUCUAGAUCUAGUCAUUAUUUCGUUUUCACACGAAAAAAAUCAUCUUAAAUAAUUUUUGCUUUGUUCCGAAUUUUAGAACUGACGUAAAUUUGUAACUUAUUCAAAAAUUACAUAUUUGAGAUAAAAUAUUUUAAGUAAAAAAAAACAGGAUUUUAAUCACCUAACGUUUUUAUCAUUUCCUCAACUUCUUUUCGAUUUGUUUUACGAGAAAGAUUAUCCGUAAUAGAAGUAUCCUUUUAAUCAUCCAUUUCUUGUCAUUUUCCUUAAAUUUCCCAAAAUGUUUUUCUUUUUGUGUCCUCUGGCUCUUUAUUUUGUCUAUUUCUUGUUAAUCUGUCUUUUUACGAUAUUUUUCCAUGCUGAUUCAGAUAUUUUCUUUUCCAAUGGCCUAACGCUCUUUUCAUUUCACUUUCUUCAUUUUAAUUUUGGUUAUGAGAAAAAUUGAGUUAUUACGUUCCCAUUUUACUUUUUCAGGUGUCACAUGACAGUUUCCGUAUCCAUUUAUUGUUUAAUAUUUGUCAUUUUCCUCAAGUUUUCUUUAUCUUAGUAUCUUUCAAAGGUUUCGGUCUCUUUUUGACCUAUUUUGUUGUCCACUGCCCAAUGACUUUUUCCCAUUAUACAGAAUUAUGUCAAACUCUUUUUCUCCUUGGUUUAUUCAUUUUGUCUAUCAAUUCUUUCUUCUAUUCCUCCUUGGCUUCUUGUUAAACUGUUUUUUUACAAUAUUUCCAUGCUAAUUGAGAUAUUUCUUGAUUAUUUUUUUAAAUUAUCGAUUCUUGUUUUGUUACUUUUUAUUCUUUAUCAUAGUUUUCUCUGUAUUCUUCUCAGGCUUUUAAUUUAUGACACUAUAGAGAAAAAUAGACUUUUCAACAUUUUUAGGUAUCAUUUGAAGGCUUCAGUCUCUCCUGGAUCUAUUUCAUACAGUUUCCGAUGACUUUUUUCCAUUAAGUCAAACUCUUUACAUUCAUUUUGUCUAUCAAUUCUUUCUUCUCCUCUCUCUUUUAUUCCUCCUUUAUUUUGGUUGUUCAUCUUUAGUCUUUCCAUAUAUUCUCACUAAUCCAGCUGUUUUUUUUUUCUCCUACCCCCUAUAUGUUAAUUUCAGUAAAAAUCUGUGUAAUGUAUAAAACGAACCAAUAAUAAUAGUAAAAAGAAGAAUCACUUAGAAUUAUUAAAACUACGGGUAACUUCGGAUGAUGUAAUUUUUGAUGUAGUUUUCGAUCCAUCAAGUUUAAUAUUAAUUUUCGUGCAAAUAGUUUGGUGCAGUACAACGUUGUAAAACUUUUUUUACAAAAAAAAAGUGUGUGAUAGAAUUAAAUUUUAUAUAACAAUUACGUAGCAUUUUUAUAAUAUUUAAAUUAAAUGAGAGUAGGUUAUAUACACUUCAUGAUAGUUUUAUAUGAACCCCGUAUUUUUUUUUUCGAAUCAGAUUAAGUAAUUUUUGAUUCAGUGAAAACGAAAAAUGAAUUUUGAUGUACAAUUUUCUGAUUCAAUAAACUAACAGGUAAAAUGGCGUCAGAUACACUAAAAAAACAUCAAAUUGCUACACCGAGACAAAUUCUUUUUAUUUGGGAUUUUUUAGGUGUUUUAAAGUAUGUUUAUGUUACACUAAAGAAAAUUUUAUUAUAGUGGACGUAUUGAACAUUUUUCUUAGUGUAUUUAUGUCUUGACUCUGGUUAGUAGUUCCUUUUCGUAAUCUUGAAUACACUGAAACAAAUUUAUUUACCUUUGUGUCUUUUUUUAUCAUGUCAUUUGAUGUAAAGUAUAAUGGACUACACUGAGAAAACAAUUAUGCUGAAAUAAUUUCAAUUCUAGGACCAUAUAUGGCUUAGGGAAAAUUAUUAAAUUGAAAUUACAACUUAAUCAACGUAUUUUUUAUAAUUUUACAUUAAAAAUUUAAUUAUUUUGAAAUUUCUUAGGUCUAAGUUCACUUAUACACAUUUUAUGGCAAUGUAGGAAACUUUUCUCAGUGUAACAUAGCAAGUAGAAAUAGAAGAAUUUCAAUUAUGGGGUCAUAUAUCGCUUGGGAAAAAUUAUUAAACGAAAUAUUCAACUCGACUAACGUAUUUUUGUCUGUUUUCAUAUUUUGAAAUUGGAAAUUUGAUUAUUUUGAAAUUCCUUAUACAAAAUUUACAUAUGAGAAACUUUUCUUAGUGUAGCAUAGCAAGAUUAGUCGCUUAAUGUUCCAACAUCGACGACAUUUGAUCUAAAGUACAACAAUUUACACUGAGAAAACCAGUUUAAAUUAUUAUAUUGAGAUUAUUCCAUUUAUGAGACCAUAUAUUUCUUAGGGAAAAUUAUUAAACGAAAAUUAAAACUUAAUCAACGUAUUUUUGUCAUUUUUCAUAAUUUUACAUUGAAAAUUUGAUUAUUUUGGAAUUUCUUAUGUCUUAAGUUCAUUUUAUAUACAUUUUAUUGCAGUUUAUGUAUAGAAAACUUUUCUCAGUGUAAUAUAGGUUUCGAGAUUUAUGUUAUUUGAUGUAAAGCACAAUAGAUUACACUGAGAAAACAAGCUUUAAUCACUGUAUUGAUAAAAUAUCAUUUUUGGAGGCAUUUCAUAUAAAGAACAAUAGAAUACACUGAGAAAACAAGCUUAAAUUACUAUGUUAAGAAAAUAUUUAUUGUGGUAUUCCAUAUAAAGCACAACAUAUUAUAUUAUAAAACCUAUUUUUGUUGGUUUCCAUACUUUUACAUUAAAAAUUAAGUAAUUUUAAAAUUACACACAUAUAUUCACAUUUUGUUACAGUUUACUUUUCUCAGUGUAUUCUGUCAAUCACCAGUAUUAAAAACGUUAUACAGUAAAUUAAGUCAAAUUCCUUUAAACCAGAAAACGAUUUUUGAUGAUGAAUAGAAAAUUUGAUUACGAUUAAAUUUCAAGCUGAUAAUCACGAAAAGUCUUUAAUUGAUUUUAAAAAUACUAUAACAAGAUAAAAUCUGAGUGAAAUAAUCCGAACAAUGCGAAAUCAGUACUUGUUUUUGAUUAAUAGGUCUCAAGAACAACUAGGGCCUCCCCUAAAUUUAUUAUUGUUAAUAUAUUUGAAGUAAUUUCACUAUUUUUACUAAUGAUUAUACUAUGUAUGCAUCAAAAUUUAUUUUGGUUUUUAUUAGAGACCGAUUAGAGAAAUUAAUUGAACCAAAUUAGGAAACUAUUGAAAUAUUUGCACUCACACUCGUUCAAAUGAAGCAAAGAGAAAAUUUUAUUUUGAAAUUAUUGUACAUAGUUUGUUUUAGUAUUUAUUUAAACAAAAUCCCAUUAAAAAAAACAAAUUUAGAUUGUAAAAUAUCUAAUAAAAAAAAAUAUAUGGAAAUGUCAACAGAUAAACGUUCAAUUUCUUUAUUAUUGGAAAUUUGAGUUGCAGAUCUGUUUUUUUUUCUAUCUAAAAACAUAUCUAAAGUGGCUUUUUCCUUUAAUAAAAAAUUGGUAUUCAUAAUUUGUCCAAAUGUACUGGUUUUCAUUAAACAUAGAUAAAUGAA